CAUCACCGUCACGCAUUUGAGGCUCGAGUGCUCAGCCCAUGUAUUCGACCCGCCUCCACGAGAUACUAAGAAAUUAACUGGCAGUAUUUCAAAACAUUAUUUCACUUUCCUUUCGGUGCCACCCCCAAGAACGCCAUAAUGCCACGGAAGCGCGCGGCAUCUUCGGUUGUCGAUGAAACACCCCGACGACGUUCUCGGCGCAUCUCAAGCACACCCAAGAAAAGCGUGUACUUUGAAGAUAACGACGAUCUAGAAGGGCAGCAAGAUGACGAUUAUGCUAAUGAAGGGGCCAGCGAGGGAGAGAAGGAUGCGGUGAGGGGCGCAGACGAGGAGUAUGACGGCGAGGAAGAACAGCUCGAGGACCAAAACGAAGACGAACGGCCACGAGUGAUUGUGUUGCCCUUGGAGAAACUCCGCGAGCUUGACGGGGUUGAGUACGAGGACACGAGGCUGCAUAAAAAUACCUUGUUGUUCCUUCGAGAUCUGAAAGAAAAUAACAGGAGGGUGUGGUUGAAGAGUCACAAUGGCGAGUUCCGCCGCGCCUUGAAGGACUGGGAGUCUUUCGUUGAGACUUUCACGACCAAGGUCAUCGAGGCGGACGAGACCAUCCCGGAACUGCCGCCCAGGGACGUCAUUUUCCGCAUUUAUCGCGAUAUUCGCUUUACCAAGGAUCCCACUCCGUAUAAGCCGCACUUCUCGGCCGCCUGGUCCCGCACAGGGCGCAAAGGCCCGUAUGCGUGUUACUACCUCCACGUCGAGCCGGGCGGGAACUGCUUCAUGGGCGGCGGGCUGUGGCACCCUCCGGCCUCGCAGGUGCAGGCUCUCCGUGCCAGCAUCGACGAGAGGCCACGGCGGUGGCGCAGGGUGCUGAACGAUGAGCGGUUCAAGCGGACUUUCUUCGCGCAACGGAUGGGUGGGAAGCCGAAACAGAAACAAAAGCAGAAGCAGAAGCAGAAAUCAAAGGCGACGAAGGCUGGUGGCGGCGGGUGGGGGAGGAGCGACGAGCAUGAGGACGACCAGGAGGCCGCUCUGAAAGCUUUUGCUGCGGGGAACCAGAGCAAUGCGCUCAAGACGAAGCCGAAGGGCUACCUUGCCGAUCAUCGUGACGUUGAACUUCUCAAGCUGCGGAAUUUUACGGUCGGGGUCAAGGUUGAAGACGACAUUUUCACCAGGGAUGAUGGGCAGGAUCGGUUGGCUGCAAUAAUUCAAGCCAUGGUUCCCUUCAUUACUUUUUUGAAUCGGAUAGUCAUGCCUGAUUCUGAAGAAGAGGAUGACGAAAGUAGUGACUCAGGGGAAGGGGAUGGAAACGCUGGCGAGGAAGAAGACGAAGACGACUUUUGACAAAGGGUCCCCCCUGCCCUUUUCUUCUUCUUUUUUUCUUCUUUUUUACGAGUUUGUUCAACACCAGCGUCUGUUGGAUCAGUCCACGUUGUUUUUCACGCCCUUGGAUGCGGAGGCCUUUGCUUUUUUCAAGGAGAAACCACAAGAAUAUAACAGGGGAAUAAAAGGUUUCGGAAACAUGUGUGGACAUGCAACUUGCUCGUUGUAUUUGCUGCCUCAUGACCGGCCGUAUCCGUUCCCAUGGCUCAUCUACAGCAACAACUUCCAGUC